AUGAACUGGAAGGUCUCACCGGGUCUUCAGUGUAGCCCAGUCCACGGAACUGGUGUGUUCAUUUUCACCGGCCAGAUCAGUCUCGAAAGCAUUGGCUCCAAACCGCCUGCUCAAGCAUCAGUGAAGCUCGCCUCGCCUGCUCGCCAUUCUCAGAGACGGCCGGGCCAAAAACACACCUUUGCCGACCUCAGACUCGGCCUCUGUCGCCAUCCUCGGCCUCCACCAUCAACCGUCUCUACGCUUUCUUGUCUCUCAGACCGCCGACUUGUCAUUCCUACGGACUUAUUGACUCGCCAGCCUCGGCCCGGCGAGCCCCAGGCCACCAGAGGCCUGGCUUCGUCUCGGGUACAGCCGAUGCCAUCUCGACCGGUCCUAGGCCACGCAUACAUUCACUGUCCUGUUCGCCCAGAUUGUCAUGGCAACCGGGUGCCUUGGCGCCCUUCCUACUCCAGCCUCAACUCGUGGGAGAAUCUAGCAGGCCAAACCAGCAUUUUCGCCAUCGGUACCAGCGGCAGUACUGCAACCUCGGCCUUUGGCCACCCAGCCGGUUUGGUGGAGAACGACUACGAGGCCGGUGGCGAGGUGGAAAGCGAGGAUUUGAUCUACGCCCUGCCUAACAACCGAUUGGUGCGGGUCGACCUUCCCAACGUCGAAUUUAGCUCAGAACAGGCACAUUGGAUGACAAGGGUGAGCAGAGGACUCUAG